CACAAUUGUGUUCUAAUUAAAAUUUGAAGUCCCAUUUGAACGGCAGCACCUAUAAAAUGCUGAUGAAAACUGCCAAAAGUAUCAGUCACCGACCAACCAACAAACCCAAAAAACCAACUCAACAUGAAGUUCCUCAUCUGCUUGACCCUCUGCAUUGCCGCCGCCCAGGCAGGACUCAUCGCAUCCCCAGUGGCCACCUAUGCCGCCACCUACUCCGCAGCUGCUCCCUUGGCCUACUCCACCUACUCCGCACCAGCCUACUCCACCUACUCCGCUCCAGCCUACUCCACCUACGCCGCCGCUGCUGUUCCCGCCUACACAUCCUACUCCGCCUUAAGUGCUCCUGCUUACGCCGCUCCUGUGACCACAUAUGCCGCAGGAUCCGCCUUUGCUGCUCCCAUCACCACCUACGCAGCUCCGGCUGUCGUCAGCUCCAUCCUGAAGAAGAAGUGAUCAGGACCCCCGAAAAAGACUUAAUUACUCCAAGCAAUUGAUCGAACAAAAUAAAAUCAUUAUAAAGCAA